GUCAGUUUCUCAACAAGGACUGGUACUACCAAUCCUUUCAAUGCUCCUAUUAAUGGCGCUGUUUCCAGCAUCACAUCUCUUAUUACACGGGACCCACAUCUCGCACGUGCAAAGCCCAAAACUCCACUCGUGUGGACUCAGCUCCCCUUGUUUAAGAACAUACCCGCCAAAACAACAAGAAGAAACUGCCUAUAAGUACCAGACCCAAGCCCGGAUUGUGAGAAAAGCAAAGAGUGAGGUCAAGAUGGAAAAGGAAGAAGCUGGUCUUGUUGUUGAUGCUGAGAAGCUGAGAUUUGAAUUCCUUCAAGUCUUGCGUGGCAGAAGAACUGCUGAAGUUCCGUUGACUGUGGAACCUGCAAACCCAGUGAAGCAUCCCCUGUUUCAAGAGACUCCACGGCCAACAUUCAGUGAGGCAAUGGAGUCUUGUCCGAAAGUAGAGAUCAAAAAUUUCAAUAGUCUACUCAAAGAGGAGAAUCUUUAUUUGACUACUGAGGCAGGGGAGCAAGGGCGUUUGCCUGUCCUGAUUCUGAGUAUGAAAGGGAGUGAAGAAAGAAGGCCAGCUAUUGUAUUUCUGCAUAGCACACAUAAGAAUAAAGAGUGGUUACGACCAUUGCUCGAGGCAUAUGCUUCGCGGGGAUAUGUUGCAAUUGCGAUUGACUCUCGCUACCAUGGGGAACGAGCCAGCAAUUUGACUACCUAUAGAGAUGCUCUAAUAUCAUCAUGGAAAAACAGUGAUACAAUGCCAUUCAUAUUUGACACGGUCUGGGACUUGAUAAAACUGGCUGAUUAUCUUACUCAGAGGGAGGAUAUAGAUCCUACAAGGAUAGGAAUUACUGGAGAAUCGUUGGGAGGAAUGCAUGCUUGGUUUGGUGCUGCUGUUGACACCCGAUAUUCAGUGGUGGUCCCAAUAAUUGGUGUGCAGGGGUUUUGUUGGGCCAUAGACCAUGAUAAGUGGCAAGCUCGAGUUGACAGUAUAAAGCCUGUAUUUGAAGAAGCGCGGAAAGAUCUAGGCAAGAGUGCAAUUGAUAAAGAAGUGGUGGAGAAGGUCUGGAAUAGGAUUGCACCUGGUCUGGCUUCUUGCUUUGAUUCGCCAUAUACAGUUCCAGCCGUUACACCAAGACCUAUGCUGAUUGUUAAUGGUGCAGAAGAUCCUCGAUGCUCACUCGCAGGUUUGGAAGUUCCCAAAUCAAGAGCAAUUAAGGCUUAUGGAGAAGCACACUCUCUAGAUAAAUUUAAGCUGGUUGCUGAACCUGGAAUUGGACAUCGAAUGACGCCAUUCAUGGUAAAAGAAGCAAGUGAUUGGUUUGACAAGUACCUUAAGCAACAAGCUGCUUAGUUCAUCUUGACGGCAGCAUUGUAUCAGUAUGUUUUCUUCUGUAUUGUUAUUUGCACUAAAAUCAAGCAGCAGCUCUAAAAACAAUUUGAACAAGUUAUAUGAGGAUACACUCAGUUCUUGUAUUGUAGUUCGUUACCUUCAAAAGAAAAAAUCUCUAAAAUUUAGACGA